CGCCCCUUUUCUUUCAACGUUGUGAAAUUCGCAUGCGUUCUCGAUAACAUCUCAAUUAAAGCUUAGAGAUAGCUGUUUAUAUUUUUGGUGUAUCUUUCCUUUGAUUCAAUAUGGGUAUUCUUCGUAUAUUAGAAAUUAUAUUUGUCUUUUAUUUUGCUUCUCACAUUCCUAUUACAUUAUUCAUUGAUCUUCAAGCGUUGCUUCCUGCGCAGAUGUAUCCUCAACAGCUGAAAGAUGUUUUGAGAUGGUAUGGGGCUGAGUUCAGAGACCCCAUGAUGCUGAAUCCCCCCACCUGGUUCAAGUCCUUCAUCUUCUGCGAAGCUCUGGUUCAAACACCCUUCUUCCCCAUAGCUGCAUACGCCUUCCUGAAAGGAGGCUGCAAGUGGAUCAGGACUCCGGCCAUUGUGUAUUCCACCCACGUAGUCACCACCCUGGUCCCCAUCCUAGCCCACAUCCUCUACUACCCCUUCCCCACAGAGCCCCACCCUGGCCCCCAGACCCAGAAGGAGCGUUACACCCUGGCAGCCAUCUACGCUCCGUACCUCCUGAUUCCUCUGAUGCUGCUGUUCACAAUGCUCUUCAGCUCAGCUUACAACACCAACAGUCAGGGAGGAAAGGGCUCAGCUAAGGCCAAGAAGAUCAAAUAAAAGACACUCAUUUCUAGCCUGAGUGCUAGUCUGUUUGUGCUAUUGUCCAACUCCAUUGCUGUCCUUGUCACCUGUUUGGUUUGAUGGCACAAACAGAUUGGCACUCAGGCUACUAAUCCACCUGUACAUUCUGUAAUACACUGUACUGUUACCCAGCAGUCUGUCCAGGCUAUCAUACCUCUUAGUCUACAGUACUCAUUUUCAUAGUGAUUUUUUUUCCCCCUCUUCUCCUCAAGUGAUGAAUUGUCAAUUGGUACAUUUCAAGUCAAUAAAACAUCAUAGGUACAUUAAACAUU